AUGGACCCCACAGACAAUGUCGAAACACAUGCUGAGCCUCUUACUGACUUGGUCCCUCCUAGUGGGUUUGGAGAUGUGGAUAGUCCCAGCUGUGACGAGGAUAUUGAGGAGAGGUUCUGGAAUGAGAACCCUUGUCCCAAAAGCCUUCCUCCAAUUAGAACAAUCUUUGAUGCCAUCCACUCACGCACCCAGUCUACCCAACAAAAAAAGCCAACAAAAAUCUGGAAGGAAAUAACGGAGUUGCAUUUACCUCAAGAGACUGAAAAAAUAGUGAACGACAGCAAGACCAGAGACAAAGCAAGAUAUUACAAACAUAUUGCGAUCUUCCCUGAUGCACUACCAACAGUCAAUUGCCGGCAGCUGAUACAUGGAGCAAUAAUCGAUGCCUAUGUUGAGAUGCUGAAAGUGUCAUAUCUGUGCAUACCCGAUCCCAAACCGACUCCCGGACCUCCACCUUCACCACCUCCAGAGUCCUACCCUACUGCUGUCCAUUCCGAUAUUCACCUUCGGUCCCGACACCACACCUCCUCUCACCCCCCAUGCCACCUCCACUCCUCUGUCCCUCUCCUGUCCUAUCUCUGUCCGCUCCGAUACUCACCUUGGACCGAACACCACUCCUCUCACCACCCUCUUCCUUCAUCCUCCUACUCUUCUCCCAUCCGCUCUGAUACUCACCUUCGGACCAGACAACUCUCCUUUCCACCACUCCUUUCCACUUCCCACUUCCCUCUCUCUUCCCUCUGGUCCUCUUCCACUGACCUCCUGCCAAGUUACGACCUUCCACUGCUGUCCCAUACCUCGUACUCGGGCACUGCUCGUACCUUUGCUCUGAGACUCUGUCAUAGCUCCUACCUCGGACUUUGA